AGUUAAUUAUAUUAUGGCUCUAGCAACAAUUGGGCAAAAUUGACAGGAAAACAUAACUUAAAAUGUGGUCUGUGGUCUGCAGUGACAAAAAACAUCUGGCAACUAUCUGUGGUUAAAUUUUAAAAUGGUAUUUUAGGUUAAGUAAAAUUCUUUAAUAACUAAAAAAAAUAAAAUUUCUGUGAUUUUAAAAUAUGAUACAAAAGAGAUUUUUAAGGUUCUUAUUAAUAAGUAAAAAUUCCAGAAGCUAUUUAAGUUGUCGAGGGAUUAGUAAAUAUAUACAACAAGAUAUAUCAUCCAAGAGUAUUAGACAAACAUUCUUGGAUUACUUUAUUAAGGAAAAAAAUCAUGUUUUUGUCAAAUCUAGUCCUGUUGUUCCAUUUUGCGACCCAACAGUUCCGUUUGUAAAUGCAGGAAUGAAUCAGUUCAAAGGCAUUUUUUUGGGGACACAAGUUCCUCACUUCCCAAGAGUAGCUAAUAGUCAAAAAUGUAUUAGAAUAGGAGGGAAACACAACGAUUUAAAUAUAGUUGGAAAAGAUGGCUAUCAUCAUACAUUCUUUGAAAUGUUGGGUAAUUGGUCAUUUGGAGAUUGUUUUAAAGAAGAGGCAUGCAAAAUGGCAUGGGAACUGCUAACUAAGAUAUAUAAAAUACCACCUGCUCAUUUAUAUACUACUUACUUUGCAGGAGACCAACAAUUAGGAUUAGCUCCAGAUUUAGAAACAAAAAACAUUUGGAAAUCAAUUGGGCUUAAAGAUGAUAGGAUUUUACCGUUUGGUUUAGAGGAUAAUUUCUGGGAAAUGGGUGCAACUGGUCCUUGUGGCCCAUGCACAGAAAUUCAUUUGGAUCAUACUGGACACAUAAACAGAUCUCAACUUGUUAAUAUGGGUUUACAUGAUUUAACAGAACUAUGGAAUAUAGUAUUUAUAGAAUAUAAUAGGUGUCCAAAUGGUGUAAUUGAUAAUCUUCCAAAGAAGCACAUUGAUACUGGGUUAGGUUUAGAAAGACUAACUUGUGCUCUUCAAAAUAAAUUAAGUAGUUACGAUACAGAUCUGUUUGAUUAUCUAAUUAAUGCUAUACAUAAGAAUUGUAGCAAUAUACCAAAAUAUUCUGGAAAAUUUGGAGAACAAGACUGGAAUCACCUUGAUACAUCAUAUAGAAUAUUAUCUGAUCACACAAGAACGAUAGUAGCAUCAUUGGCUGAUGGAAUAAUACCAGAAGAAAAUCAGAAACUUAGAAGGAUAUUAAGAAGAUGUUUUAACUUAAGUCAAAGAGUUUUUGGUAAAGAACAAGGACUUGUCACUGAAUUAUCAAAUUAUGUUGUUGAAAACUUAGGAGGAAUAUAUCCUGAAAUGGAAAAAAAUAUAAAACAGGUUCAUCAUAUCAUAAAGUUUGAAGAAGAACUAUAUAAAACAUUAAGAGAGUCGGCUGAGAAAGAACUUAAAAAACUCUCAUUGGGUAAUCUAAAUCUAGAUAGUAAUGAUUUAGUUGAAAUUACUCCAAGUUUUGUAUUGGCAUAUAAAGAACUUCAUAGUAUUUUGCCCAAUGAAAUAGAUGGAAAUAUGGCUUUUAAGUUAUAUGAUACAUAUGGAUUGGAUGCAGACAGCAUACAACAAUUAUCUGAUAUUCUUCAUAUUUCAUUUAACUCAUCUAGUUAUGCAAAAAAGAUGAAUGAAGUUAAAUUAAAAUCCAAAGAAUCUAGACAAAUUUAUUUGAAUAGUCCUUUUAAUUCUUUAGCAAAUAGUGAUUUAAUGAAAACCGACGAUUCAGCAAAAUACUCAUAUGAAAAAAAUAACUCUAAAUAUACAUUUUCCAAUAUAUCUUCUAAAGUUUUAAGAAUAAUAGAGAAUAAUCAAUUUGUAAAUAGAGCUAAAAAUGGAGCUUCAUGUUCAUUAAUAUUGGAUAAAACAAAUUUCUAUUGUGAAGCUGGUGGCCAAGAAUCAGAUAAGGGUCAGAUACAGUUUCAAAAUGCUGUAUUUCAGAUUGACUCAGUUUUAAAUAUUAAUAAUUAUAUCAUUCACAAGGGUUAUCUAGAAGGUGAUGAUAUUGAAGUUGGUAAUGAAGGUAUAAUGAUAAUUGAUUCAGAAUCAAGACUGAAAUUUAUGCAAAACCACACUAGUGUACAUCUGUUAAAUGCAGCAAUAAAAAAAGUCACAAAAGGAAGUUGUCAGAAGUCAAGCAAAGUGACUGAUCAGUAUCUAAAUUUGGAUGUUGCAAUAUUUGGACCAAAGUUAACCAAAGGACACAUAGAAAAAAUAGAAUGUAUUAUUCAAAAAAUCAUAAAGGAUAAGAUAGAUGUUCAAGUGAAUAUUACAGAUAGUCAGGGUUUAUAUAGCUAUGAAUCUAUUACUUUAAUACCUGGAGAAACUUACCCAGAUAAUAAUAUAAGGAUUGUUGAAAUAACAGAUAGUUCAGAUUUUGUUUCCAGGGAACCAUGCUGUGGCACUCAUGUGUUGAAUACUGAAGAUAUCGAAGAUUUUUGCAUAAUUAGUUCAAAAUCAUUGGGUAGGAGCACUGUUUCAUUACACGCUGUUACUGGUGAAAGAGCAAAAUUAGCUAGAAAAAAUGCUUCAGAACUACAAGAUGAUAUAACAAUUUUGAAAAUGACUCUAAGUGAACAUCUAGAUAAUCCCGAAAUUUUAGAUAUGGCAGUUUCAUCUCUUAAACAAAGACUACAUUUUGAUGUUACAGAUAAUACUAUAAUACCUGUGGUAUCUAAGCAUGAUAUUCUUAAUGAUCUUAAUGAGAUAGGAAGGAAAAUAAAUGAAACUGGGCGAAAUAAAUUAAAAAAUUUUAUUGAUCUUGAAAUGCAUGAUGCCUUAAAAUCAAGUAUAUCAUUGACAAAGUCAAAUAAAAAAUAUAUGGUGCAUUAUUUAAGAAGUUCAGUGAUGUUAGAAUCAGUGCCUUUGCAAAAAGCCACUAAAAUGUGUCCGGAUAUACCUGUCAUAAUUAUUUCAUAUUCUGAUAAUAUGGUGAAGGCAAGAUGUUGUGUACCAAAGGAAUAUUUAAAUGAAAAUUUCAAUGCACAAAAGUGGUUGGAAAAAACGAUAGCGGCAGUAUUUAAAAGUAAAAUUGCGCCUCCUAAAGGUCAAGAUGAAACACUGGUAUGUAAUAUGAAAGCACGGAGAAUACAUGUACAAAAUUGGGAUAGUUUGUUAGCAGAAAGUAUAAAGUGUGCUAAAGAUUAUAUUAACGAUAAUUUGUAAAAUUUAAUAGUUUGUUAAUAAAUUUUUUUGUCAUUA